GGGAAGAAGAGCCUCAGCCCGGGCCCCGGCCUUCUCCCGAGCGCGCACCUCCCGCACCAGGGCUCGGCGCCCACCAGCCCCACAGGGCUCCACGUCCCUAGCCGGGGACUUGUGACCUGCUAGCCUGAGACCCCUGCGCGUCCAGGCGACGGCGGCUGCGGGGGCCGCGAGGGGCGGUGCUGGCCCCGCUGCCCCCGAGCACAGGUGGGGUUUGCGGGAGCCCAGGCCGGCGACCCUCCCUGGGCAGGAACCCACCACACUGGAAGGCGGCUGAGGAAGUCCGCCCAGGAGCGGGGCCAGACACCUGCCCCGACGCGCCGCCCGGGGGGCCGCAGCCGCCGCGUUUCCGCGUACCUCGCAGGAUAGGGGAUGGGGGCCGCAUCUAGGCCCCGCCCUCUGGCCCGCCCACACCUGGAGUUUCUGGGGGCGGGGCGCGGCGACGAGCCAAUGGGGCGGGGAGGGGCGUGACGGAGGUAGCCAAUGGACGAGGGCUGGAGGGCGGGACACCCGCGCGGGUAAGCCAAUAGGGGUGCUGGAGGGCGGGGCACGCGGGCCGCGGGCCAAUGGGGGCGCGGGGUCGGGGCGCGCCGCGGCGCUGGGGGCGGCAGGUUGCGGCGGUGCCCGAGCGGGUCGCGAGGCUGGCGAGCGCCCAGGGAUGCUCUUGGGGUUGGCUGCCAUGGAGCUGAAGGUAUGGGUGGACGGCAUCCAGCGUGUGGUCUGUGGGGUCUCCGAGCAGACCACCUGCCAGGAAGUGGUCAUCGCACUAGCCCAAGCAAUAGGUCAGACCGGCCGGUUUGUGCUUGUGCAGCGGCUUAGAGAGAAGGAGCGGCAGCUGCUGCCAGAGGAGUGUCCAGUGGGUGCCCAGGCCACCUGCGGACAGUUUGCCAGCGAUGUCCAGUUUGUCCUGAGGCGCACGGGGCCCAGCCUGGCUGGGAGGCCCUCUUCAGACAGCUGCCCACCCCCAGAACGCUGCCCAAUUCGUGCCAGCCUCCCUGCAAAGCCACGGGUAACGCUGGGCUGUGAGCCCUGCAAAGCACUGACCCCUGGGCCAGCCCCCAGCCUCUCACCUCCUGGGCCUGCAGCCCCCAUGACACCCUCACCGGGCUGCUGCACAGACCUGCGGAGCCUGGAGCUCAGGGUGCAGAGAAAUGCUGAGGAGUUGGGCCACGAGGCCUUCUGGGAGCAGGAGCUGCGUCGGGAGCAAGCCCGGGAGCGGGAGGGACAGGCACGCCUGCAGGCGCUAAGCGCAGCCACUGCUGAGCACGCCGCCCGGCUGCAGGCACUGGACGCCCAGGCCCGAGCCCUGGAGGCUGAGCUGCAGCUGGCAGCAGAGGCCCCUGGACCCCCUUCUCCCAUGGCAUCUGCCACUGAGCGCCUGCGCCAGGACCUGGCUGUUCAGGAGCGUCAGAGUGCGGAGGUGCAGGGCAGCCUGGCCCUGGUGAGCCGGGCCCUGGAGGCUGCAGAGCGAGCGCUGCAGGCCCAGGCUCAGGAGCUGGAGGAGCUGAACCGGGAGCUCCGUCAGUGCAAUCUGCAGCAGUUCAUCCAGCAGACUGGCGCUGCACUGCCACCGCCCCCACAGUCUGACAGGGGCCCUCCUAACACACAGGGCCCUCUGUCUUCAGCCAGAGAGGAGUCCCUCCUGGGACUCCCCCUGAGCCCCGUGCUGGUGCCUACCUUAGGCCCCGAGGGUAUGUCUGUGUCCCACCUACCCCUGGGGCCCGGGGCCCUCCUGUGGCCGCAGCCUCCUCAGCCUGUGUCCUCCUGCAGUGGCUUCUAUGAAGCAGAACUCCUGGAGGUAGCAGCACCUCCUGCCCCAGAGUGGCGUCCUCUAGCAGCCCAGCCCCAGGCUCUGUGACAGACCAGUGAGGGCGGUGAGACCAACCUGCCUGGACCGCAGAAGGAGGUCGGCGGUCACAGAGGGCUCCUGCACCACACAGUGGGAAGCUCUGGGCUCGGCUGGAGCAAGGGGUGCAGAGGAGGACUGCCUGAGUCCUUGCCAGCUCUGCCAGACACCCUGGAGAAGCAUGGGGUGUAGCCAGCUCGAACUUGCAGGCCCCAGAGACCACAACUGUCUGCUGGGGACAGGAGAUUCGUUGCCAGUGCUCAGGCUGUGGGCAUGUGCCUGCCUGCGGGUGGCUCCUUCACAGUGUGUAGAGCAUGUAUGUGCCACCUCCCGACCCCAACGCUAAAACCUCAAUAAACUGCCCACAGUGGCUUGAGUGUGUGCUAA